AUGGCCGACCCCACGCCGCGGACCCGCGGCCCAGCCGUCGCCGCGAUGCCGCAGAGCCCUACGCGCAUCUCCCGCCUGCAGGAGAAGGAGGAGCUGCGGCAGCUGAAUGACCGCCUGGCCGUGUACAUCGACAAGGUGCGGAGCCUGGAGACCGAGAACAGCGCGCUGCAGCUGCAGGUGACCCAGCGGGAGGAGGUGCGGGGCCGCGAGGUCACCGGGCUCAAGGCGAUCUACGAGGCGGAGCUGGCGGACGCGCGGCGGGCGCUGGACGACACGGCGCGGGAGCGCGCCAAGCUGCAGAUCGAGCUGGGCAAGCUGCGCGCCGAGCACGAGCAGCUGCUGGGCAGCUAUGCGAAAAAGGAAUCUGACCUCAAUGGAACCCAGGUCAAACUUCGUGAGUUUGAAGUAGCCCUGAAUUCUAAAGAAGCUGCACUGGCCACAGCCCUUGGUGAUAAGAAAAGUCUGGAGGUAGAAAUUGAAGAUUUGAAAGAUCAAAUUAGAGAGCUUGAAGGUUCUCUAACUGCUGCCAAGGACCAGCUAAUAAACGAAACCCUGCAGAAGGUGGACCUUGAAAACCGUUGUCAGAGCCUCAUUGAGGACCUGGAAUUCCGCAAAAAUAUGUAUGAGGAGGAAAUCAAUGAGACAAGAAGGAAGCAUGAAACUCGCCUGGUUGAGGUUGAUUCUGGGCGUCAGAUUGAAUAUGAGCACAAACUGGCCCAGGCCCUUCAUGAAAUCAGAGAGCAGCACGAUGCACAAGUGAAACUGUACAAAGAGGAGCUCGAAGAGACUUACCAUUCCAAACUGGAGAGUGCCAGGCUGUCCUCGGAGAUGAGCAGCUCUGCAGCUAACACCAUCAGGGAGCAGCUGAAUGAGAGUCGCAUGCGCAUUGAAAACCUGUCCUCCCACAUCACCAGCCUCCAGAAAGAGUCUAGAGCAUGGCAGGACAGAGCACAGGAGCUGGAGAACAGUUUGACUCAGGAACAGGAAAACUGCCGCAAAAUGCUGGCAGAGAAGGAGAAGGAAAUUGCAGAGAUAAGAAAUCAGAUGCAGGAGCAGUUGACUGACUAUGAGCAACUCCUGGAUGUUAAACUGGCACUUGACAUGGAGAUCAAUGCAUAUCGGAAAUUGCUGGAGGGUGAAGAGGAGAGGCUGAAGCUGUCCCCCAGCCCCUCCUCCCGGGUGACCGUCUCGCGAGCCUCAUCCAGCCGCAGUGUCCGCAUGGCUGGAGGAAAGAGAAAGAGGAUUGACGUGGAGGAGUCAGAAGCCAGCAGCAGCGUGACCAUUUCCCACUCUGCCUCUGCCACGGGGAACGUGUCCAUCGAGGAGAUAGAUGUGGAUGGGAAGUUCAUCCGCUUGAAGAACACCUCUGAGCAGGAUCAACCUAUGGGAGGCUGGGAGAUGAUCCGAAAAAUAGGAGACACUUCUGCAAGUUACAGAUAUACCUCAAGAUAUGUACUAAAGGCAGGCCAGACUGUUACAAUCUGGGCUGCAAAUGCUGGAGUAACUGCGAGCCCUCCCACUGACCUCAUCUGGAAGAACCAGAAUUCCUGGGGCACUGGUGAAGAUGUGAAAGUUGUGCUGAAAAAUUCUCAGGGGGAGGAGGUUGCUCAGAGAAGCACUGUGUUCAAAACAACAGCACGUAAAGGAGAAGAUGAGGAAGCUGAGGAAGAAGCAGCUGAAGCUCUGGAUGAGGAAGACAUUUACCGUCAGCAGGCAGAGCAAAGGGCAUCCAACAGAGGCUGUGUGGUCAUGUGAAAUUCCAGCCACUCCAGACUCUUCCAGCUGUGGUAAUCUCUGCCUGCAGAAGAGCCUUCUGAGAAGCACAACGUUGUUUUCCUGUCUGUGAAUUUUUAAAGCUGCGAGUCUGAUGGCCUUAAAUUUCCUUUGCCACUGAAAGAAACAAAAAAGGAAAGUUUGUUACAAGCAUCUCAACUUCCUCCCUGGAUGUGAGCCGGUGCCUCCUGACAGGGAGAAUUGAGAAUUGAUGCUUCUGUCUCUCUCAGAUUUAUAUGCCAGUCUCUCUUCAUUGAAACCGUGCUGGAGUAGGAAUAUUCCAGUGUGUUUUGGGGAUCGAUUUUCUUUAGAUUACACCACUAUAGACUAGUUGCUAUGACCUCUUUGUAUUUUAGGUGCUGUUGGGGAUUGGUUUAGAAUUAAUUCUGGAAGAGGAUUCAUGUUACACCUUGUAGUUUGUGUUAAGAUAGUGUUGCCAUCUUAAAUUUUCUUACGUGUUUUUUUCCUAACAAUUUAGAAAGAUGUUUUAAUAUGGAUUGCCUUACUUGUUUACAAUUUCUAGUAACAAAACAAAGUCUCUAGAGGUCUAGUCUACAUUUGUAUGGGAUACAGUUGUAAUUUUACCAAUGUUGAAACUUUUUUGUCCUUUUCACAUUAUUCUGAUGUCUGGAAAACAUUUUAAUAAAGUAUCUCUGUGCUACA